AUGGCUCCCCUGAUUUUGGAAGCUUCGAGGAACAUCCUCAACAUCCUCCUGGCCGCCUUUUGGCCAUCAUCUCCUCUCCUUCCCCGUAUCGACCACUACGCCCCUCAUGAGCAGGCAGGCUUCGAGGGCUACUAUACCCGUACACUACUGUCCAAUAACGCCACCCUUGCUAUGAUCUUCUGUUGGGUUAAAAACGCCAAAGAGCGUCCCAAUCUGAUCCAUAUUUCUUACACGACGCCUGAUGGCAAGGGCUGGAAGUACGAGUUCUUCCCUGAUAAGAUGGAGAAGAUCGUUGGGGAGCAGGAUGAGAAGACUGGGCUGCGCACGUUUGAGUUCAGGUGUGCCGAAGUCGGGACAAUGCGCGUGACACCUACCAAGACGACUUAUACGAUUCGUCACCCUUCACUCACACUCGAUUUGGAGGUCACCAAUCGCACGCCAUGGUCUUCUGACGAUCCUCUUAGUGGUCCGGAAGGUCCCAUUGUGCAGACCGACCGACUUUUGCCUCUGCACUGGUUUGUUUACUCUACCAAGUCAAAGGCCACAUAUACCAUCAAGCAUGGUGAUGAGCAAGCGCUCUCGGGUGACAAUGGCGUUGCUCACCAAGAAAAGAACUGGGGCGAGUCAUUCCCCUCCGGCUGGAUCUGGGCUCAAGCUUUCUCCUCACCUAAAGCUGAUACGACCACCAACCCCGCAAGUCAGACAAGUAUCUGCCUAGCUGGAGGCAACUUGCUCGGCAUGUCCGCCUACCUAAUCGGCUACCGCUCCUCCAAACUCUCCUGGACAUUCCUUCCUCCGUUCUCCUUCGGCUGGCAAGACCGCGGUCCAUCCUUACACGUAGAUCGUUCCUCCGCGAACGGGAACUUCAAUAUCACAACAUCCACUCCCUUCCGUUCCCUCGUCAUCAAAGCACACGGACCACCCGGAACUUACAUUGACCUUGCUGCACCAUUAUCGGAUGGUCAUGAGCCCGGGUUUUGUAUUGAGAGUUUUGGGGGGAGGAUGUGGGUGGAGGCGUGGGAGCGGGAUUGGCCGUGGGGUGAGUGGAAGUUGGUUGAGAGUGGGGAGGUUGGCGAGGCAGGCACUGCGGCGGUGGAGUUCGGAGGCGCCUACUGGGCUGAGAAGGAUAAGUCCAACUUGCAGAGCAACGACGACAAGGAGGACUGA